UUGUAUACUCGGUUUUAAAAAGAUAAGAGUAGCACAUAUCAUUAAAAGAGCCAUAAUUCUCCCACUCUAAAGUUCAGUACUCAGAUCUUUAUACUGUAUGGUUAACACACUGUUUCCCUCGUGCAGAGCAGCCCGUCAAUGAGAAGGUAUAUUUCGGUAUAUAUUUGAGGGUCAUACAUUGAAAUUUGAGAUCUACGCGUCUUUCGAAAUUUGAGCGCUUCAGGAGCAAGUUGUGAAACAAUGGAUGGUCUUUUGAACGAUUGGUCUAACUGGAAUCCAAUGGACUUGGAGUACAGCAACGAAUCCGUUAAUAACUACGUAGAUACGUCUGGCCAAAAUGUGGUUGAAAAAGCGCGCCCGCCCGUAAAGCCGAGUGACAUGCGUAAAAAAAAGACAGGCAAGAAAAAAGCAAUUGCUGAAUAUCCGUACUUGGUUCUAAAGAAAAAAGUGAGCAGCAUUAGCAAAUGCGCGUUGCUCAAUUUCUUUGGCCAAAAACAUGUCCGCACUAUCGACGUUUCGCCAAAUUCCGACACAUUCGUAGUUUACUUCAAUGACUUGGGUUCCUUGGAGUCGGCACACAGCACACUGGAAGCAUUUCCUGAAUUGAUGCAGCUGCAACGAAGCCGUUACGGCGGCCAGGAAAAUUCCAGGGCUGAUAAUAGGUCCAUGCAGAGGGCCGCCAACAGGAUACCCGAUCCAGUAAGACGUCCACCAAUGGUGCCAGCACAUCGCGGACCCAUUGACUUGAAUUCACGCACAAUAAACGUUUCGGCCAAUGCCAAUAAGCAUCCAGAGUUUCUGCCAGUGCCCAUCGUAGACGCUACGUGCUAUAGAAGCGGCUCCCUGCUGGCCACUAGAGACGCCAAGAAGCGCUAUCUGAAUGUGAAGUUUGAGUUUAAUUUGGAGCGCCACGGAGCCUAUGUACUGGAGAAAGAAUAUGAGGAGGAAGCAACAACAAAGCCGGUGAUCCAGCAGCUGCGUUGCGGCAGGCAAUUAUUUAAGGAUAGCAAGGAUGUAGAUGGUGUGCAUGUCAAUGUGGCUGAUGCAGUUGAGAAGGAGAUGGACAUGUCUGGCUAUGAACGUUGCGUGGCCUGUAAUGGCUACACCACGACGGUGUGCAAAACUUGCGAUAUGCCCUUUUGCGAUGCCUUGUGCUGGAGCAUUGUCUCCGAGCAGCACGACAAGAAAUGCGGCACGGGUCAGAAAGUUGAUAUUGAUGAUGAGAAUUUUAAGAAACUCAUACCCAAAUGUGGUUUACCGCCACGCCGUUCCAAGGUCAAGAUCACUGCCUUCGAGCAGUCGAAUGUGGUAUAUGUGCGCCCGGCGGACAUACUUUCGGAUGUGGCCUACUAUCGCGUGCUCGCUGAGGUCUGGCUGCAUGGCAAAACUGCGGCCAAGCUUGACCAGCUGCCCGUUUGUGGCCAGAUUGUGAUCUACAAGUUCGAGGCACAAAUUGUGCGUGCCAUGGUGCUGAAUGUGGACAAUCCGAAGGAUAUAUGCGUGGUCUGCAUUGAUUUUGGCAGCGUUGAGUACACAGAGCCGGGCAACCUCUAUCAAUGCAGCUCCUAUGUGGGUGAUUUGCCACGCUACGCUACGCCAGUGAAGCUGCGCGGUGUACCAAAGCGCGCCUUAACGCCCCAUCUGCGGGACGUAAUGUACGCAGUUCAGGGAAGUUUGGUCUUUCAACUGCAGUACCACAAGCGUGACUACGACUACGACCAUCACAUGCAGUCGGCCGUGCUCAUCCAUCUGGAGAACAAUAGAGGUUUGAAUAGCUUCAUUAAAAAGGUUCUAACACCCGUCGAGCCCAAGCUGUCUGAGCGCGGUUUCAAUGAAGAUUUUCUGCCACAUGUGGCUGCGCCAGCAGGCAAGAACAUUGACUUGACUAUCACGGACAAUUCGUUGCUAAAGUACGGCAUCGUCUACUGCACACCCGCUGGAUUGGCCGUGGAGAUCACGAAAAUGCAGCGAACAUUCCAAGACUAUGGCGAAAAGAUUGCCAAAGCUGAGACCUAUGCUGCUUCGAAGGGCGAACUGUGCAUUGCCAAGUACAUGGGCAAAUGGUGUCGCGGCGUUUCGCUGGAGCUUGUCGGUGAUGGCUAUCCCAGCAUUUUGUUUCUGGACUAUGGAAAUAUUGUACCCAUCCAUGUGACCGAUAUCCGUGCAUAUCCGGAGCAAUUAACAUAUCCCAUAUUAACUACCGAAUAUGAUUUGAUUGGUCUGACCGAAGAGCUCACCGAUGCGCAGGUUAAACGUUUCGAGCAACGUCUGGAAGUGGGUGCCCGUGUGACCUUUGAUGAGAUCGUGAAGAACAAGGAAAACAAUUACUCGCUGCGCAUGGACGAUCUGCAGAAGCUGCUAGGGUAAAACCAAAAGGCAAAGAAGCGAGAAUUUUUUCUAAUUAUUAAUUAAACAUUAUUUGUAAAGUGUUCUACUGCUGCUGCACGUACUACACUGUAGAACACACCCUUUUUUUCGUUUUCUAUUAUAUAAAUAAUCAACGACGUUCCAUUAUAUUCAUUCAUUCAACUAUAAUCAAAAUAAUAAAUAAAGCAAGAAAGCUUUAUAGCUUUCCCCCAAAGAGUUGUCAUGCAACAA